AUGGCCGUGUCAUUGUUUGUUGGAAAUCUAUCCAGCACUGUCACCUUAAUGAGCCUCCGCUCUUUAUUUCAAACGAUUGGCGAAAUCGCCUCGAUCAAGUUAUGUCGAGAUAAUAAUACUGGCCGUUCGCUCGGCCACGGUUAUGUUACUUUCGAAUCGUCGGACGAUGGUAAGCUUUUUUCUUUUAUUUUCAUAACUGUCAAUGGCGAAAUACGCUUGACCCCAGCGCGCAGACGCUUCCUACCAGCAAAUCUGACGGAUGUCCGGCCGUCCGGUAAUUCAUUGUAUAUGUUAAUUACGUGCGCGGACCGGUGAAAACGAGCACGGGACGCUACAAUUUUAAGGCUAAUAUCCACGGUUAUCUAAGAGAAUUGUUUUAGUUAUUGAGUUUAGAUCAAUAUAAAUAUUAUACUUACUAAGAAAUCGCAAUUUCGGUUAAAGUCGACUUUACCGGGCACCCUCUGUUUUUGUUUUUGUUAAAAUUAUAACUAAAAAAGUUAUGGAAGUUUGAAGUUCGUCGUCAAUACGAUUUUCGUAUAUAUACCUACUUAAUUUUAUAAUACAGUGACCAGUCGUUGAAUUCGUAUUUUCAUUUCUAGCUACUCGAGCAAUAGAAACCAUGAAUUGCAGCGAGUUGAAUGGAAAACCUAUCGAAAUCGCGUGGUCGUGGCGCGACCCGGCCAUACAAAAGUGUCAAAACGCGAAUUUGUACGUUAAAGGUUUAAAAGCAGACAUUAACGCCAAGUGCCUUUACGAAGCUUUUACAUCAUUCGGUGAAUUAAUAAGUUGCAAAGUAAGUGAUUGUGUUUGUUAAUAAACUCAAAUAGUAGUAAUAAUGGUAAUUGAAACAUAUUACGAAAUAUAAUAAUAAGCUUAAUAAUUGAAUAUAUUUAGAGUAUAUAAGUGUGCGAUUUCGUUUAAUGCGUUAUAGUUUUAAUUUAUCUAGGUAGCUCGUGACAAGCAGGGAGUAUCAAAGGGAUACGGAUACGUCCAGUUUAGGAAAGAAAAAGACGCGGAAGAAUGUAUUAAAAAAUUAAAUGGUAUGUGCAUUCAGGGAGAGAAGAUAUUUAUCAGUAAAUUUUUCUCAAAAAAAGAUCGAAAAACUAAUAUUACGAAUCAAGGAAAAUUUACUAAUAUAUAUAUUAAGAACCUACCCGGAGAAUUUAAUGACGGUGAUUUAAACGACAUGUUUGAGGUUUAUGGUGAAAUCACUAGUUUAAAAGUUUGUUACUAUUAAUUUACGUCUGCAAUAAUAUUACUAUUGUUUGAUUUAUAAUUUAUUCUAUGUAGCAGUACAUUCAUAAUCUAAAUUUGUAGGUAAUGCGCAGAGAGAAUGGUUAUUCUAAACGAUUUGGAUUUGUUAAUUUCCGAAAACCCGACGAUGCCGAAAAAGCUGUGGAAGGAUUAAACGGCAAACCUAGUCCAUCCGGAAAAGUUAAUAUAUUAUAAUGCAUAAUAUGUUUUAACAAAAUUAUUGUCACAUAUCAUUAUUAAAUGUUUUAGAAUUACUAUGUGGCGCGCGCCCAACCAAAAACCGAACGUGAACCCACACUCAUUAAAAAGUUCGGAAACACUAAAAAAGUAGAACCGGUGAACGAAGUCAAUUUGUACGUAAAAAACUUAGACAGUACAGUUACGGACGAACGGUUAAAAAAUGAAUUUAGUGCAUUCGGUGUGGUAACGAGCGCAAAAGUAAUGAAUUAUUCUUUACCUUUACCUACAAUGGAACUAUCCAAAUUGUUAAGUAAAUUACUAACAUUAUCAUACGCUAUAAGGUUAUGAAAGGCUUCGGCUUUGUAUGCUUUGAGUCAGCAGAACAAGCAAGUAACGCAAUUGCGCAAAAGAACAGAACCCGGAUAAAUAAUAAUAUUAUUUAUGUGGCAUUGGCGCAAAAAAAGGCGGAUCGCUUGAAGAAUAACUACAACAAAUCGCAUGUCAAAGCGGAAACCGCCAAACCAGAAGGUGAUUUGAUAAUUAAUAGAUCUAGAUUAAUUAGAUAAAACCUCAACAUGUAAAUCGUUAUAUAACUCAUGAUAUUUUAGGUUAUGAAGCUAUUAAAUCGCCGGAAAGAUUAACAGGAAAUCAACAACCCGGAUUACCAGCUCAUGGGAAUAACGCGUUUUCUUGUGGUAAUGUACACUUUAAUUAUUUAUUCGAGUAUAAUAGGGAGAGAAAAUAAAAUUUAACUAUGACUAAUGAAAUAGAGCAAAGAGGCACAAUUUUCUUUAUAUUUUUUUCUCUUUCCAAAUCGUGAAUAAUAGGUAAAACCGUGAAAGAAAAACGGUUUCUCGAAAUAAUUUAUUAUCUAUGUAUUAUAAAAUAAAUGUUUUAUUUUUCUAAUGGUUUUCUAUAUUAAUUUUGAUAUUUUUAGAUUUUGCACACAAUACCUCGCCGUACACAGCAGGAGAAAUUCAGCAACCUGGAAUAACAGCUGGGAAUAACUUGUUGUAUUAUGGUAAAAUUUAAUCCAAUUAUUUAUUUGCGUAUAAGGGAGAUACAAUUUUAGUUCAAUCGUAAUUUACAACGAAAAAAUAAAGCGAAAAAUAUUAUGUGACUGUUUUAACUCUUAAGCUGCGCGCAUUUAUAAUGCUACGCGUUUUAUAUUUUUUUAUAAUUAUGAUAAAUGAAAUGGAGCAAACGUAAAAAGACAAAUAUUUCCUCAAAAUAUUUUUAUUAUCUAUGUAUUAAAAAAUACAUUUUCCAUUUUUCGCAUAGCUCUCUAUAAUACCUUGAUAUUUAUAGGUUCUGUACUCGUUAACCCACCGUACCAAGCAACAGAAAUGCAGUAUCCUGGGAAUAACAUGUAUUACGGUAAUAUUUCAUUCAAUUAUUUAUUUGCGUAUAUGGUACAUAAAAUUUUACAUAGGUCCUAAUAUAAAAAUUUAAAACGCAGAAAAAAUUAUAAAUAUUAGAGCUUUUAAGUAAGUACAUUUAUCAUGUCGUUUUAUAUUUUUUUUUAUAAUUAUGAAAAAUGAAAUGGAGCAAAGAAGAAACGUACAAGGACACAUUUUUUAAAUAUUUUUUUUUGUUUCCAAACGGUGCAUAAUAGGUAAAACCGUGAAGACAAAUGGUUUCUUAAAAUAUUUUAUUAUUUAUGAGUUUUAAAAUUAAUUUUUAAUUUUUUUUAUAGCUUACUACAUUACUUUUCAUAUCUUUAGGUUCUGCAUUCAUUAGCUCACCGUACCAAGGAACAGAAAUGGUGUAUCCUGUAAUUACACCUGGAAAUAACGUGUAUUAUGGUAAUAUUUAAUCCAAUUAUUUAUUUACGUACAAGGGAGAUACAAUUUAACAUAGGUCCUAACAUACAAAAUUAUAAAUUUUAUAGCUUCUUAACUACGAACACUUAUAAUUUCGUUUUAUAAUUUUUUUAUAAUUAUAACAAACGAAAUGGAGCAACCAGGAAACGUAAAAAGUCACAGUUUUUAAACAUUUUUUUUUUCCAAACGUUGCAUAAUAGGUAAAACCAGAAAAAACUAAUGGUUCCUAAAAAUAUUUUAUUAUUUAUUUGUUACAAAAUAAAUGAUUCAUUUUUGGUUUAGCUUUCUAUUAUACUGUUAAUAUUUUUAGAUUCUGCAUUUAUAAGCUCGCCGUAUCAAGUACCAGAAACUCAACAUCUUGGAAUGACAGCUGGGAAUAACAUGUACAAUUGUGGCGCUAUUUAUCCAAAUAAUGUAUAUGCGUAA